GUCAGUGCGCUGGCGGCGGCGGCGGCGGCGGCGGCGGCUGGGCUGUUUGUUCUGGUCUCCCGCAGCCGAGGAGCCGAAGCAGUGGCGGCGGCUGCAGCGGCGGCUGCCGGCGGUGCCCGCGGGCGAGCGCGGCCUGUGAGCUCGGCGGAGCGGCGGGCGGGCCCCGGCGCCGCGCAGGCAGCUCGGGGAGGGGGCGGCGGCAGCGGGCGGACGGCCGGCGGGGGCGGCGUGCGGCCUAGUGUCUCAGAGUGCCUGGUGAAGAAUGUGAUGGGAUCACUAGCAUGUCUGCGGAGAGCGGCCCUGGGACGAGAUUGAGAAAUCUGCCAGUAAUGGGGGAUGGACUAGAAACUUCCCAAAUGUCUACAACGCAGGCCCAGGCCCAACCCCAGCCAGCCAACGCAGCCAGCACCAACCCCCCGCCCCCGGAGACCUCCAACCCUAACAAGCCCAAGAGGCAGACCAACCAACUGCAAUACCUGCUCAGAGUGGUGCUCAAGACACUAUGGAAACACCAGUUUGCGUGGCCUUUCCAGCAGCCUGUGGAUGCUGUCAAGCUGAACCUCCCUGAUUACUAUAAGAUCAUUAAAACGCCUAUGGAUAUGGGAACAAUAAAGAAGCGCUUGGAAAACAACUAUUACUGGAAUGCUCAGGAAUGUAUCCAGGACUUCAACACUAUGUUUACAAAUUGUUACAUCUACAACAAGCCUGGAGAUGACAUAGUCUUAAUGGCAGAAGCUCUGGAAAAGCUCUUCUUGCAAAAAAUAAAUGAACUACCCACAGAAGAAACCGAGAUCAUGAUAGUCCAGGCAAAAGGAAGAGGACGUGGGAGGAAAGAAACAGGGACAGCAAAACCUGGCGUUUCCACGGUACCAAACACAACUCAAGCAUCGACUCCUCCGCAGACCCAGACCCCUCAGCCGAAUCCUCCUCCUGUGCAGGCCACGCCUCACCCCUUCCCUGCUGUCACCCCAGACCUCAUCGUCCAGACCCCUGUCAUGACAGUGGUGCCUCCCCAGCCACUGCAGACGCCCCCGCCGGUGCCCCCCCAGCCACAACCCCCACCCGCUCCAGCUCCCCAGCCCGUACAGAGCCACCCACCCAUCAUCGCGGCCACCCCACAGCCUGUGAAGACAAAGAAGGGAGUGAAGAGGAAAGCAGACACCACCACCCCCACCACCAUUGACUCCAUUCACGAGCCACCCUCGCUGCCCCCGGAGCCCAAGACCACCAAGCUGGGCCAGCGACGGGAGAGCAGCCGGCCUGUGAAACCUCCAAAGAAGGACGUGCCCGACUCUCAGCAGCACCCAGCACCAGAGAAGAGCAGCAAGGUCUCGGAGCAGCUCAAGUGCUGCAGCGGCAUCCUCAAGGAGAUGUUUGCCAAGAAGCACGCUGCCUACGCCUGGCCCUUCUACAAGCCUGUGGACGUGGAGGCACUGGGCCUACACGACUACUGUGACAUCAUCAAGCACCCCAUGGACAUGAGUACAAUCAAGUCUAAACUGGAGGCCCGUGAGUACCGUGAUGCUCAGGAGUUUGGUGCUGACGUCCGAUUGAUGUUCUCCAACUGCUAUAAGUACAACCCUCCUGACCAUGAGGUGGUUGCCAUGGCCCGCAAGCUCCAGGAUGUGUUCGAAAUGCGCUUUGCCAAGAUGCCGGACGAGCCUGAGGAGCCAGUGGUGGCCGUGUCCUCCCCGGCAGUGCCCCCUGCCACCAAGGUUGUGGCCCCGCCCUCAUCCAGCGAUAGCAGCAGCGAUAGCUCCUCGGACAGUGACAGUUCGACUGAUGACUCUGAGGAGGAGCGAGCCCAGCGGCUGGCUGAGCUCCAGGAGCAGCUCAAAGCCGUGCACGAGCAGCUUGCAGCCCUCUCUCAGCCCCAGCAGAACAAACCAAAGAAAAAGGAGAAAGACAAGAAGGAAAAGAAAAAAGAAAAGCACAAAAGGAAAGAGGAAGUGGAAGAGAAUAAAAAAAGCAAAGCCAAGGAACCUCCUCCUAAAAAGACAAAGAAAAAUAAUAGCAGCAACAACAAUGUGAGCAAGAAGGAGCCAGCGCCCAUGAAGAGCAAGCCCCCUCCCACGUAUGAGUCAGAGGAAGAGGACAAGUGCAAGCCUAUGUCCUAUGAGGAGAAGCGGCAGCUCAGCUUGGACAUCAACAAGCUCCCCGGCGAGAAGCUGGGCCGCGUGGUGCACAUCAUCCAGUCACGGGAGCCCUCCCUGAAGAAUUCCAACCCCGACGAGAUUGAAAUCGACUUUGAGACCCUGAAGCCGUCCACACUGCGUGAGCUGGAGCGCUAUGUCACCUCCUGUUUGCGGAAGAAAAGGAAACCUCAAGCUGAGAAAGUUGAUGUGAUUCCUGGCUCCUCCAAGAUGAAGGGCUUCUCGUCCUCAGAGUCGGAGAGCUCCAGUGAGUCCAGCUCCUCUGACAGCGAAGACUCCGAAACAGAGAUGGCUCCGAAGUCAAAAAAGAAGGGGCACCCCGGGAGGGAGCAGAAGAAGCACCAUCAUCACCACCAUCAGCAGAUGCAGCAGGCCCCGGCUCCUGUGCCCCAGCAGCCGCCCCCGCCUCCCCAGCAGCCCCCACCGCCUCCACCUGCGCAGCAGCAACAGCAGCCGCCACCCCCGCCUCCCCCACCCUCCAUGCCGCAGCAGGCAGCCCCGGCGAUGAAGUCCUCGCCCCCACCCUUCAUUGCCACCCAGGUGCCCGUCCUGGAGCCCCAGCUCCCAGGCAGUGUCUUUGACCCCAUCGGCCACUUCACCCAGCCCAUCCUGCACCUGCCGCAGCCUGAGCUGCCCCCUCACCUGCCCCAGCCGCCUGAGCACAGCACUCCACCCCAUCUCAACCAGCACGCAGUGGUCUCUCCUCCAGCUUUGCACAACGCACUGCCCCAGCAGCCAUCACGGCCCAGCAACCGAGCCGCUGCCCUGCCUCCCAAGCCCGCCCGGCCCCCAGCCGUGUCACCAGCCUUGACCCAAACACCCCUGCUCCCACAGCCCCCCAUGGCCCAACCCCCCCAAGUGCUGCUGGAGGAUGAAGAGCCACCUGCCCCACCCCUCACCUCCAUGCAGAUGCAGCUGUACCUGCAGCAGCUGCAGAAGGUGCAGCCCCCUACGCCGCUACUCCCUUCCGUGAAGGUGCAGUCCCAGCCCCCACCCCCCCUGCCGCCCCCACCCCACCCCUCUGUGCAGCAGCAGCUGCAGCAGCAGCCGCCACCACCCCCACCACCCCAGCCCCAGCCCCCGCCCCAGCAGCAGCAUCAGCCCCCUCCACGGCCCGUGCACUUGCAGCCCAUGCAGUUCUCCACCCACAUCCAACAGCCCCCACCACCCCAGGGCCAGCAGCCCCCGCAUCCACCCCCGGGCCAGCAGCCACCCCCGCCGCAGCCUGCCAAGCCUCAGCAAGUCAUCCAGCACCACCAUUCACCCCGGCACCACAAGUCGGACCCCUACUCAACCGGUCACCUCCGCGAAGCCCCCUCCCCGCUUAUGAUACAUUCCCCCCAGAUGUCACAGUUCCAGAGCCUGACCCACCAGUCUCCACCCCAGCAAAACGUCCAGCCUAAGAAACAGGAGCUGCGUGCUGCCUCCGUGGUCCAGCCCCAGCCCCUCGUGGUGGUGAAGGAGGAGAAGAUCCACUCACCCAUCAUCCGCAGCGAACCCUUCAGCCCCUCGCUGCGGCCGGAGCCCCCCAAGCACCCGGAGAGCAUCAAGGCCCCCGUCCACCUGCCCCAGCGGCCGGAGAUGAAGCCUGUGGAUGUCGGGAGGCCUGUGAUCCGGCCCCCCGAGCAGAACGCACCGCCACCGGGGGCCCCUGACAAGGACAAACAGAAACAGGAGCCGAAGACUCCAGUUGCGCCCAAAAAGGACCUGAAAAUCAAGAACAUGGGCUCCUGGGCCAGCCUAGUGCAGAAGCAUCCGACCACCCCCUCCUCCACAGCCAAGUCAUCCAGCGACAGCUUCGAGCAGUUCCGCCGCGCCGCUCGGGAGAAAGAGGAGCGUGAGAAGGCUCUGAAGGCUCAGGCCGAGCACGCCGAGAAGGAGAAGGAGCGGCUGCGGCAGGAGCGCAUGAGGAGCCGAGAGGAUGAGGAUGCGCUGGAGCAGGCCCGGCGGGCGCAUGAAGAGGCACGUCGGCGCCAGGAGCAGCAGCAGCAGCAGCAGCAGCGCCAGGAGCAACAGCAGCAGCAGCAACAGCAAGCAGCUGCGGUGGCUGCCGCCGCCACCACCCAGGCCCAGAGCUCCCAGCCCCAGUCCAUGCUGGACCAGCAGAGGGAGUUGGCCCGGAAGCGGGAGCAGGAGCGAAGACGCCGGGAAGCCAUGGCAGCUACCAUUGACAUGAAUUUCCAGAGUGAUCUAUUGUCAAUAUUUGAAGAAAAUCUUUUCUGAGCGCACCUAGGUGGCUUCUGACUUUGAUUUUCUGGCAAAACAUUGACUUUCCAUAGUGUUAGGGGCGGCGGUGGAGGUGGGAGCAGCGGCCUGGGGAUGCCUCCGGGCCUGGCCCUCCUGCAUGCUAUGCCCGGGGCAGGCCUGACGGGCAGCUGAGGAUUGCAGAGCCUGUCUGCCUUAUGGCCAGUUGGACAGACAUCCCGCCACCCACCACCCCUCACAGGACGUCCGCUCAGCGCACGCCUUGUUACGAGCAAGUGCCGGCUGGACCCAAGCCCUGCAUCCCCACAUGCGGGGCAGAGGCCCUUCUCUCCGCCAAAUGUCUACACAGUAUACACAGGACAUCGUUGCUGCCGCCACCGUGACUGGUUUUCUGUCCCCAAGAACGUGACGUUCGUGAUGUCCUGCCCGCCAGGAGUCUUUCCCCACACCCCAGCCAUCGCCGCCCGCUCCCAGGAGGCCAGGGCAGACCCGCGUGGGCUGGAGGCGGGCGAGGCCAGCCCACCCCCUCGCUGGCACUGACUUUGCCUUGAACAGACCCCCCCGACCCUCCCCCACAAGCCUUUAAUUGAGAGCCGCUCUCUGUAAGUGUUUGCUUGUGCAAAAGGGAAUAGUGCCGUGGAGGUGUGUGUGUCCAUGGCAUCCGGAGCGAGGCGACUGUCCUGCGUGGGUAGCCCUCGGCCGGGGAGUGAGGCCACCAACCAAAGUCAGUUCCUUCCCACCUGUGUUUCUGUUUUUUUUGUUUUUUUUUUUUUUCUUUUUUUUUCUAUAUAUAUUUUUUGUUGAAUUCUAUUUUAUUUUUAAUUCUCUCUUCUCCAGACACAAUGGCACGCUUAUCUCCGAAAUGGUGUGAUCGUCUCCUCAUUGAGCAGCGGCUGCCACCGCGCUGUGGGUAGUGUGUGACCGUGGCUGUACUGUAUAGUGAACAUAGUUGGCAUAUCUUUGUUUGAAGUUUGUUGGUGACUCCACCAAACUGGUGUGAAAAAAGAAAAAAGCUCAAAAAAAUCCACAAAAAAGACAAAACACACAAAAAAAUCCUGCCUAUAUUUUACUCAGUUUCAAACUUUAUUAGUCUAUUUUUAAUUAUAAAACCAGAAAGCUGCAAUUUCUUUUCUUUCUCCUCCACCCACCCCCCUAACCCAUUUGUUGGCUUUUUUGUUUUUUAAUGUCAGAUCUGUUGAGUUGGUUUUUUUUGUUUUUUGUUUUUGUUUUUUUUACUGAGAAAGGAAGGGCCAAGGGAUGAGGUGGGCACCGGGCCCUGGGGGCGCCACAGACUAAAGCAGAGACUCCCCCACCUGGCGCCCAGCCCCAACCAGCUGGCCGCUCCUGCCCAUGCUUUUUUUUUUUUUUUUUUUUUUAAUUUUAUAAUUGGAGCCCUUGGUGAGGUUACGCGUGCCAUGAGAACCCACUCUACACCACGACGCUGGUGCCUCAGUGUUGGCCAAACUCUGGAGUCACUGACUGGUUUGACUUUCAUACGGUGAAUAUGCAUUUGGUCUGUACUGAUCAUGGAAUAAACACAUCUCUCUUUUUUUAAUGCUGGCGUCUCCCUGACAUUUCUUUGUGAACCAACUGUUGCCUAAGCUAGGCCCAGGGGACCCCCUGGACCCCACUCCACCUCUGCACAGGAACUACCGCCAGGGAUUACCUAGCCCCUCUCCUGUGACCUGUCCCUGUCUGCCCUGGGCAAGAGCCACGCAGACUCAUAGCAACCACCCCAAGCUGAAGCUGUGACGCAGAGCCCGGUACCCAUCCUUGUGGACCCUGGCCGAGGUGGACGGUGUGCCCCAGCAGAACCCUGGCCAAACUCCAGACAGUAUUCUUCCCCUCCACCCUACUCCAUCCUGUCCCCCCACUCACCAAAGGACUUGGGCCACUUCUCCCACCUUGCCUGCCUCAAUCUAACUCCUCCUUUCAUUUAAGCUCAGGGUUAACCAGAUACUCUUAGAUCUAAGUCUACAUCCCCCAAAAUAGGAUCCUCACCACCCCCAUGCACAUACACAAACGCACACAUUCCUGUCCAAGAAAGCCCACAGGUGGCUGCUCUGCGUGCCCACCUGUGUAUGCACAUGCCCCAGCCACAAGGCACGGGUGACGCCCAAAAAGAGCCCCUAAGAUGUAAGAUACAAAUAUAUAAUUUAUAUGUAUGCAGAGACAAACUGAUUGAAACGUUUCUAGCACUGUUGAUUAACCUACAUCCCCUCUUUUUGACCUGAAAGGUCCUUUAUUGUCUUUGGAUCUGCCAAACCUCCCUGUGAGGGUGUGGUUCAGGCAUCCAGCCAGAGGCCCCCCCACUUCGAUGUCCCUGCCCACUCGCACUUCCUCAUAUACCACUGUGCCGCUUCAAGUGUGACGUAUUUAGGUUCUUUGGGGUUUCUUCCAUCUCAUCCCAUCCCCCUCAUUUUUGUUCCUUGUUUUGUUCAGACGCUUCCCCAGCCUGGGUCCAACUGCUGAGCUGGAUAGUUUUCUCUGCACCUUCCUGCUGAAGAUUUAACUCUGCCAUGGCCUUCUCCACACCUCCCUGAUGGGUGUCUCUCUACCUGGGUUGUAAUUAGAACUGGGAUCUAUUUAAUUUCUCCAGCCAUUUCCCAACCCUUCCCACAGUACUAGAAAUCUUAGUCCUAUACCAGAGUAAGAGGUGUGUACAAGCCCCCACUGUACUGUAUGCACGGAUCGCUUGGCCAAUAAUUAUGUCAGUGAAUCUGAGACUUGUAUUAAACACUUUAGACAUUUGUAGAAGGGAAUUCGUAGACUUUUCACUUAUAUACGAAAGGUUUUUUUUUUUUUGUGCAGUUCUCAUUGCAAAAAUAAACAUUUGUACUGAGUAUAAAGUUA